AUGUUUUACGAAGUGACCUAUGCACCAAAAAGUGCUCAAAAACUUAUCAAAACUGCAUUAAAAAUUUUUGUUCUAACGUUCAUUUUCCGUUGUGAAGUUUUGCUUUUACCUCAAAUUAAGCGAACCUACUUAUUACUUAAAAGUAAAAAAGCCCAACUUUUCGGAAACAAUAAUAAAUCUUCAAAAAUAAUAAAAGUGCCAUGGAAGCAAGUUAGAAUGAAAAAACAACCAACCAGUAGUGGGAAGUGUAAAUACAAUCGUCACGAGAGAGAUUCAUGUCGGUCUUAUCUAAAGCAUUAUAAACAUAGUUAUAAGGUCCACUUACUAGCUGAAAUUAAACUCAAACCUACAAGAAAAAGAUCGGUAAAAAAAACACCAACUCAAACACAAUUAAUUAAAAUAAUAUGCGACCAACAUAAGGAGAGCUUUGUAAAGGAUACUCAUAAGCAUAUAGCUGUAAUUUUUAACACAUUGAUUCUGCUCAUUAUUUUUAAUAGCUUAAAACAAUUAAAUACGGUUUUAUGUUAUUAUUUCAGUGGACUCUCCAAUAACAGCACACUUGAGGCCUAA